AUGUCAUACUCAUUUAUGACAAAAUCGGGAGAAAUUCAAUUCCCAUUGAAUGUUUCUUCCGAGAUGGGAAUCUCUAAAUCUCUUAACGAAAAUUCAUUUUAUAAUGAAUUAUUCAGUAGGUCGCCAUAUCCUUUAACCCUUGAAAUUAAUGAUUUAAUUUCACCUCCAAAUUCACGAAAAGCCAUGAAGUACCAACAAAAUCCGACUUUAUCUCCCCCAAGGCCGCAAAAUGCUUUCGUUUUAUUUCGUAGAGAUUUUGCUGCAAAAUUAAAGCAAAAAGAAAUGAAAAUGAAGACCGGCGAAAUCUCACGAUUAGCAGCCGAAGAGUGGCAUAAACAGCCACAGAACGUUCUUUGUUUUUUCGAGUUUCUCGAAAAUUUGGCAAAGGAAAAACACAAGUUAAUGUAUCCUGAUUAUAAAUUUUUACCUAAAAAAAGGAAAGAAAAAUCAAUAAAAAUUAUAAAAGUUGAACACGAAAAAGCUCAAAACAGUAAUGCAACUGAUAACUCUUCCGAAAUGAUAUGUUUCAAUGCCGAAGAAAUUUUAAACGACAUGAAUUGUUUUUCUUAUGACAUUCCACGUUACCAGAAUAUUUCGAAAAAUACGUUGCUUUCCGAAAUUUCUGAUCAAAGUCCUGAUCAAGAAAACUUCGACAUUUCGGAUUUUAUUGAGUUUGAUCCGAUUAUUCCUAGAUUUUAG